AUGGGCCUCGGCAAGACGCUGCAGUCCAUCUCCUUGAUUCUGUACAUGAAGCAGCAUGGAAUGUUGGAUAAGCCCAUGCUGGUGGUGGUCCCCAAAGGCUUGCUGACCACUUGGUCGAAGGACCGUUGCGAGCGUUUUCGAGUGUUUUCAGCCAGGGAGCUGAAGAUGUGGGCGGGCGACGAGCUCAAAGUGCACACGUACUUUGACAACAAGCGCUGUGUCCUUCCCCACAUGGCGGCUCAUGCGCUGGCCGCGCAGACGGCCAAAGCCAAGAGAGGACCCACCGCGACGGAGCAGAAGAGGCGGCUCAUCGGCAAGCAGAGCAGCACCGUCUUUGACAAGGACUGGCUGUGGAAGCGCCAUCCGCCGGUGCAAGCAGCGCAAGAACUGUCGGAGAAGCAGAAGCAGCAGCGCGCUGCGAAGCGCCAAGAGAAGCGCCUGCAAAAGGUGAGCUCCGCGGAUGUCUUCCUCACCUCCUAUGGCGUCUUCCGAGCAGAUGUGGAGCGGAAAGACUUCUUCCGUGAAGCCGUGAAGCUUGAUUUGUUCGAGUUCUCGGCUGAGAAGUUGGCCUGCCCGGAUGCCUUUUCAGGGAUCAUCCUUGAUGAAGCGCAACAGAUCAAGAACUACAAUGCACAGAUCUCCAAGGCCGUGAAGCAGGUGGCGGAGCUGGUGGGCCCUGUGCGGAUCGCGCUGAGCGGGACGCCGGUGGAGAACCGCCUGGCGGACUUGCACAGCCAGUUCGAGCGACUUAGCGCUUGGGAGAACGGUCCAUGGGAGGUUCCGGUGGUGGGACGUCCUUCCGGUGGUGGGAGAGGUGGUGGGAGAAUCAUGGAACAUCCGGUGGGUGAGGCCCCAGGCACAGGCUUCUUGGCCUCCGCGCCGGGCUCCACGAGGUUCAUCUUGCCGGGCUACUUGGCCUCCUCGCGGAAGGAGUUCGAGCAGAACUUCGGAAAGCCCAUCGCCCAAGCCGCGCGAGGCGUGGAGAACCCGGACUUCUUGCGGCAGCAGCGGCUGCUGCAGCGGAUCGUGCGGCCCUUCAUCCUGCGGAGACUGAAGACGGAUCCGGAGAUUUGCAAGGAUUUGCCGGAGAAGAUCGAUCAGCAGAAGCUCUAUAAGGCCGCGCAAGAGGCCUUCCAGCAGCUCCCAUCGCGGGAUGACAAGUUCGCUCGGCACAACCACAUCUUCUCGAUGCUGCAGGCGCUCCGUGAGAUUUGCAACCACCCCUUCUGCCUGGCGGAGAACCGCCGGCCUCAGGGCUUUGGCAAGGAGGACAUCCCGAACAGCAGCACAUUAUCGGCCAGCGGCAAAUGCACCAAACUCGAGGAGCUGCUGCGGAGCAUCUUGGAGAGCAAUGAGAAGGUCCUCAUCUUUAGCACGUCCUUGACCGCCCUGGAGAUGCUCUCCAAGCAGAUCACCGACGGCUUCAACUGCAAAGUGCUGAAGAUCGUGGGCAGCAUGGGCAAGGACCAGCGCGAGGCCGUGAUGAAUUCCUUCCAGACGGAUCCCGCCAGUUCCGUGCUGCUGCUGUCCCUGCAGGCAGGCGGAGUGGGCCUGACCUUGACGGCUGCGUCCCACGUCAUUCACUUCGAUCGGCAAUACAACCCGGCCAAGGAGAAUCAGGCCUUUUGGCCGCUGGGAGUGGGGGUGUGUUCCAACAAGCAGGGUGCAACCGGGCGUGGCUGGGGGUGGUGGAUAUGA